AUGGAACUGUCGACCCUCUCUAAAAGCGUCUUCCGCUGCAAAAAUGGCUUCUCAAUCCCUGCGGUCGGACUUGGAACUUACAAGCUCAACGGAAGAGUUGGAAUUGAUGCGAUGAAGCAUGCGAUCAAAACUGGAUAUAAAUUGUUAGAUACUGCCUUUAUUUACAAGAAUGAAGCCGAAGUAGGAGAAGCAAUCGCAGAAUCGAUCAAAGAAGGCGUCCUAAAAAAAGACAUUUUCGUGACAUCGAAACUCCACUCUGGUUUUCAUAAACCAUCGAAAAUCCUCCCCGCAAUUCGCCAUUCGUUAAAUUUGAUGAAGAGUGAUUACUUCGAUCUGUACAUUAUCCACGCGCCAUGGGGCAUGAAAGCGGCGGAAAAUGAAGCGGGCGCCGAUUUUCCAUUUGAAACUGCCAAGGACGAGACUGGGAAGGACGUUUUCGAUGAUUAUCCUCUGUUAGACGUCUGGGCUCAGUUGGAGAAAGCUGUUGAUGAAGGACUUGUCCGGAAUAUUGGAUUAUCGAAUUUCGACGACGACCAAACGCGUGAAAUCAUUUCGAACUGCCGCAUCAAACCUGUAAACAACCAAAUCGAACUUCACCCAUGGCUGGAUCAGCCAGAAUCCGUCAAGUUUCUCCUCAACAACGACAUUUCUGUCACUUCUUUCAUGUCUCUCGGACGCAUCGAACGUACCCUUGAUCAAAGCGGCAAAACUUUGGUAGACGAAACAAUAAUCAAGCAAAUCGCAAAGAACCAUGAAAAAACUCCAGCACAAGUUCUUCUUCGAUAUCAACUCCAAAGAGGAGUUCUUGUCAUCCCAAAGUCAGCGACGCCUUCAAGAAUCGAAGAAAAUGCCAAGCUCUUCGAUUUUUCUCUUUCUGACGAAGAAAUUGCUCAAAUUGCGCAGCUAAACAAGCCUCUCAGGAAGAGACUCAAAAAAGAUCCUGUCAUUUCAAAGAUCGACGGCCAUCGAAGAACUUCCCAAAGCUCUGGCUCUCAGAACCUGUUUAUCAAGCUCAAACAUAAAAAGUUCACAAGUUCACAACUGAUCAUCUUCGUGUUCUUUCAGAAUCGAAUCGGAACUCGUUCGAAGUCUAGGAUGGACCUAGAGUCGUUUCAGGAGAGUGAAACAACAGAAAGCGAGCUAAACACUUGUUAUAUUGAAGAAUUGCCGGAUAAUCCAUCCACAUCCGAGACGUUUGACAAGUCUUUUCACAUCAACAACCAUCAGAACAACGACAAUCUUGUCUACGAAGACGUUGAAGUCGAAACACCGAAACAAUCGACUUUAACAAGCCUGGUAGAGUACCGACGGAAUGAGCCCGAACAACUCGGUCCUUAUUUCUGUGGACUAUGCGCGAGUUUUAUCGAGAAUCCGAAGUGCCCGAUGGAUCUCCGAUUAGGGAGCAUAAUGUCAGAUCAACAGCUGGCUGUCUAUGCUGAUUAUCUCGACCAUUUGAAGGCGCAUGUGUUGAGUAUUCUUUUUCCUGAAGGAGCGGCAACGGAAGAAUACACCGAAGAACUCGUUAGUCUAAUUUGCCACUAUUUCCACAAAAACAAUUUGAAGCGCCAGGAACUGUUGCGAGAAACAAAGGAACUUUUCCUGAAAUACAUUCCAAAGACAUGCACUUGGAGACGGACUAUUCUGGCGCGAGAAUCCCUGCCUCUUGUUACUGGCGAUUGCUGUGGCUAUGAGUUUGAUUCUUUGGACGUUGAUGACUUUCUCCGGCAUACCUAUUUCCACGCCCACCAAACCAGGAUAGAAGAAUGCGGCGUUCGACUUAUUAAAAGACAUCAAAUCCUCGAAAAGUUCGCAAAUACCGCUGGCAUUCCCACUUGUCUUGCUCGUCAACUGGAUCCUUUGGCGCAAUAUGCAAGUAUGGACAAAUUCGGAGGACUUUGCAAAUGGGUGAUUCCACGAGAAGGAGUUGAACCAUGCUCGUACUUUUCUUUCGUUCCGGAGUUUCUGGCUCGACAUAUGCAUGAUGAAGUCGACUGUUACUGGAGCCCGCUUCUGUGGAAGAAAGAUCAAAUGAUCGGCUGCAACUGGGAAGGAUGCGAUUUCAUCGUCGACACAAAUUCUAAGGGCGCCAAAACGAUGAACAGACUAAAAGCGCAUGUAUGUACUCAUCUUGUUUUGAAAAACAUCGCUUGUCCAUAUUGCUGCGACCGGCUUUCCACAGGAAAACGGCUUGAAGACCACUUUGCUCGGCAAUACCCAAAAGACGGAACUCAUUCUUGCGAUGUUUGUGGAAAGCUUUUCCCAACAAAAGUCCUUCUUCGUGACCACCUGACAAAUCAUAACAGAAAAUUCGCCUGUCCAGUGGAUGGUUGUAAGCAUAUGGCUCGGAACUUUCGCGCAGUUGCCACUCACUUGCAGUACGUUCAUUCUGAUGAGCGGAAAUUCGGCCCAUGUCCAUUCUGUGAAAAGUAUUUCAAAACGCUCAAGGAUUACAAGGCGCAUGUUGUAACGCACAACAAGUCUGGCGAAUUCAAGUGCACGAACGCUGGCUGUGAUUUUGUAACAACGACGUUGAAAAAAUUGCGAUAUCAUGAGCGAUUUCAGCACAAAAAGACGGAAGUUGGCGAAAGUGUCAAAGGCUACAAAUGUCACAUUUGUCAUGACAAAGUCUUCACUCGCGGAUUCAAGCUCUCCCAGCACUUUCGGAAAGAUCACAAAGAAGAAGAUCCUCGAUUUGCUGACCCAAAGGAAGGAACAAAACGUCAUCGAUUUCAAUAUUUGCUGCAGCCGGAUGGAUUUUACAUGCUCGACAACAGUUCUCAAGCUGAAAACUACCAAGAUAUUCAUAUGCCGGAUUUGGAAAGGAAAGAAAUGUACACGAUUCCAGCGAAGACCGACUUGUUCAUAAAAGAUUAUCAACAAGAUUUCGGGAUGAAAUCAAAGACGAUUUACGAAUGCCCACAUUGCAAGGUGAUGUUUCGUAAGAAAAAAACUCUCGAUGCGCACAUCGAACAAUGCGAUAUCAGACCAGGCUCGCAAUUUCUCGCAAUUGUCGGAAGCAUGGAAACUCGAAUUCAACAUCUGUCAGCCGAGCUCCAAGCGGAAGUUGAGCUCAAAACUCAGAAACGAAAGGCCGAAGAGACUGCGCAAGAACAAUCGUCAAAAAAGCCUUUUGCUGAAUCCUUACCUUCGACUUCAAAAGCAAUCCAAUAUAUGAAGCCCAGCGCAACAUCAAUUACUGAUCAGACCAAUCCACAAACGAGUUCUAUCGCCCAAGUUGAUUCGAAGUUGAAGAUACCUUCGGAAGGGCAAUUUAUUCAUCUCGAUGGAAAGUUUUACUACCAGUUGAAUGAUAAGGAGACGGGAAAACCUCUCCUUUUCCAGAUCUCCGAAGAUAGCGUGCCCAGCCUAGAAAAUUGA